AUGCCUUGUCGCAGUGCUCAGAACGGUCCCGCGCCACCGCCACCACUGUCUGGCGCCUUUGCCGGCCUUACACCGGCGGAGUGGGCUGCAUACAGUGCAUUCAAGCAUGAGCUGAAGGCGAACAACCCCAACUGCUCUCCACCUAACAUGAAGGAAUGGCGCGAACUCACCAGAGCACCUAUGCAGGGUCAGGUCAUGUCAACAGAUGGCACGGCGCGGCGCUGUGAGGCUAUAGUCAUUGAUCCUCUUCUUGAGGGUGCUUCUGGGCGCCGUGGUCAGAAGAGAAAGUCAGUGGGUGAUGACUCAAAGGAAGAUAGUCACCGUUAUCGCUAUCGCUGCCGCAAAGACUAUUUGGAAUCUAGUAACAAUGACGGCAGUGAGUCCGAGUCAUUAGAAUCGUCGCCUGAAGCAGUGUUGCAGUCAUCUGGCAAAUUGAGCGAGUCCAAUGAUGAAGAGGACGAGCCGUGCCUCAUCCUGAUGGUGCCGAAAGCCAACCUGAGCAAACAAGAGGCAAAGGUGAAGGGAGAACUCUCGUUCCAAUAUCAACAGACAGAGGUGAAUGUAGAAUUUUACAAUGUUACCAGUCUCGGCAAGAAUCCAUUCAUCAUGUGUUGUGGUGAUCCUGAGCCUCCGACUCCCACUCUGGGCUCCAACUGCCUUCCUAUUGUGUGGGGCGAAGACGUCGACCACCCAGUAAACAGGGCUGUCAUUGAGCAGAUUGCGUGGCUUGUAUAUAAGAAACAAACAAACAAGAAUACGUGGACCAUCUCGUAUAAAAAGGUCAAGUUUACUCUGAGUAACAUCCAAGAGAUGGUGAAGCAGCGCAUUCAGACCUGGAAGACGUUGUACAGUCAGAAGAAGGACCCAGUUAGGGCUGAGAAGCGGUUCAGUAAUCGAGACAACAGUCAGCGAGCUGCUCGUCAGCGAGAGAAGAAGAUUUGUCGCGACAAGGCUCGUCCGUUUUACAUCGAAGAGAACAGUGCAGAUCCUGUCAAACUCUUCAAGACACCAUGGAUGAGUGAGGAGAUUAGCACGUUUAGUGCUUCUGACCUAGGCAAGCAUCAGCAGUUGUAUGACGAAGCUGCAGAGAAGUGCAAAAUGACCGACGAUGAGAUUAAGCGAGGAGUAAAGGUUUUAGAGAUGUGGUCUUUUGCCUGGUGCACAAAGAGGUAUGGUGAUGUCAUGCACAAACUUGAUCGGCUGCACGAUGUCCAUUGCAGGACCGAUCCAAACGUGAAGACCUACAAGCGUGUUAACCUUAACCGUGUAUCUAGGAGGAUUUUACCAGAGCGAAAGGUUUACCCAUUUAUGGUGAACAGGAGCUGGGCAAAGGAGGUGAAGAAGACAGGUAUUUACCACAAGAUCAAGAUGGCCCACAGGGACCCGCGUGGCUUCAGAGACCUUCAGUCGUCAGACGAGGAGGUGGACGAGGAGAGUGGUGAAGAGGCUGAAGAGAUCGCAGAAGGUGGCAGCCAGGACCGCAACAUCACUGGAACAAAAGAUUUGGCGUGA